GAGAAGGGCUCGGAUAUAGCUCAGUGGUGGAGAACUUGUCUAGCGUGUAUGAAGCCCUGAUUUCAAUCUCACACCCUUUAAAAAGAAUGAACAGAGAAAUCAAAGAUCAAUAUAAAAUAAAACAACUCAACAGAUGUAUUUGCUGAGAUUCUAUAGUGGGUGCAGUAACUUCUUCAGACUCUGAGCGCCGCUAUUCACCUACGAAGAGCAAAACGCCGCCAGAGCUCGGUCGGGAUUCUCAGGGUCCAAAGGCUUAAAGCCUCUCAGUUCCCGCAAACCGGCUCCUGGGCUGCAACGAAAAUCACCCAGGAAUUGAAGGUGCUCCAUCUGAGACUCCUGAUAACACAGAAAGAAGAACCGGGUAAAACACACAGCGCGCCCGGUCUGAUCGGAGAGAGCUUUGAGAAAAUUCCGUGGUCAGGAGACAAUGGCCGCACAAAGGAAUCUCUUAGAGCGCACCAAACUGGUCCUCCUUUUCCUGUGGAUGCCCUGGGAGUCCGCAGCUCGGCAGAUCCGCUACUCCGUUCCUGAAGAACUAGAGAAAGGCUCUUUUGUGGGCAACAUCUCCAAGGACCUGGGGCUGGAGCCCCGCGAGCUGGCGGAGCGCGGGGUCCGCAUCGUCUCCAGAGGUAGGUCGCAGCUUUUCUCUCUGAACCCGCGAGGCGGCAGCUUGGUCACUGCAGGCAGGAUAGACCGGGAGGAGCUGUGCGCCCAGAGCGCGCCCUGUCUCCUCAGCUUUAACAUCCUUGUGGAAGACAGGGUGAAACUUUUCGGGAUAGAGAUAGAGGUAACGGAUGUCAAUGACAAUGCGCCAAAAUUCCAAGCAGAAACUCUAGAUGUGAAAAUUAAUGAAAAUGUCGCAUCAGGGAUGCGUUUUCCUCUCCCGGAAGCUAUUGAUCCGGAUGUGGGCGUGAACUCUCUGCAGAGCUACCAGCUCAGCCCCAAUAAGCACUUCUCCCUAGGUUUUCAGAGCGCUGCUAAUGGCGUCAAGUACCCGGAGCUCGUGCUGGAGCACGCCCUAGAUCGUGAGGAAGAGGCCAUUCACCACCUGGUCCUCGUGGCCUCUGACGGUGGUAACCCUUCCAGAUCAGGCACUGUCCUCAUCACUGUGACUGUCUUUGAUGCAAAUGACAAUGCUCCAAUCUUCACCUCGCCUGAAUACCGAGUGAAUAUUCCAGAGAACUUGCCUGUGGGCACUCCGUUGCUAAAAGUGACUGCCACCGACAAAGACGAAGGCGCCAAUGGAGAAGUGACAUACUCCUUCCGAAAAUUACAGGACACACAACUGUUGAAAUUCCAACUAGACAAAAGUACUGGGGAAAUAAAAAUAUCUGAAAAUCUAGAUUACGAAGAAAUGAGUUUCUAUAAAAUAGAAAUCCAAGCUGAAGAUGGAGGGGCCUAUCUUGCAACUGCGAAGGUGUUGAUUACAGUAGAAGAUGUAAAUGACAACAGCCCGGAGGUGACCAUCACCUCUCUCUUUAGUCCAGUGGCUGAAGACUCGCCUGUGGGAACGGUCAUAGCGCUUUUGAACGUGCAUGAUUUAGACUCUGGGCAGAAUGGAGAGGUAACCUGUUCCCUCUCAGGGAAUCUGCCAUUUAAAUUAGAAAAGUCCAUUGACAGUUACUAUAGACUAGUGACAGAAAGAGCCCUCGACAGGGAACAGGUGUCCUCUUACAACAUCACAGUAACAGCCGCGGAUGGGGGAAACCCGCCUUUGUCAACCAAAGCCCACUUCACUCUGCAAGUGGCGGACAUCAACGACAACCCACCCACCUUCUCUCAGGCCUCCUACUUUACCUAUAUCCCAGAGAACAACCCCAGGGGCGCCUCCAUCUUCUCAGUGACCGCCCUGGAUCCCGAUAGCAAAGAGAACGCCCAGAUCCUUUACUCUCUGGCUGAAGACACCAUUGAGGGGGCUCCACUUUCUUCCUACAUAUCCAUCAACUCAGACACUGGCAUCCUGUAUGCGCUCUGGUCCUUUGACUAUGAGCAGUUCCGUGAACUGCGGGUGCAGGUGACUGCCAGUGACAGCGGGAAGCCUCCCCUCAGCAGUAAUGUGUCAUUGACCCUGUUCGUGCUGGAUCAGAACGACAACUCCCCGGAAAUCUUGUACCCCACUCCACCCACCGAUGGCUCCACUGGGGUAGAGCUGGCUCCCCGAUCAGCGGAGUUGGGCUAUCUGGUGACGAAGGUGGUGGCGGUGGACAGAGACUCGGGACAGAACGCCUGGCUGUCCUACCGUCUGCUCAAGGCCAGCGAACCAGGGCUCUUCUCCGUGGGGCUGCACACGGGCGAGGUGCGCACCGCGCGGGCCCUGCUGGACAGAGAUGCGCUCAAGCAGAGUCUGGUGGUGUCUGUGCAGGACCACGGCCAGCCCCCUCUCUCCGCCACGGUCACUUUGACUGUUGCAGUAGCCGACAGCAUCCCUGAUGUUCUGGCGGACUUGGGCAACCUGGAGCCACCGCAGGCCUCUGAACCCUCAAGCCUCACCCUCUACCUAGUCGUGGCAGUGGCAGCGGUCUCCUGUGUUUUUCUCGCCUUUGUCAUUGUGUUGUUGGCUCUCAAACUUCGGCGCUGGCACAAGUCUCACGCGCUUCAGUCUUCCAGAGAUGGAUUGGGUGGCCUGCCUGCCUCUCAGUAUGUGGGCGUGGACGGGGUGCGCGCUUUCUUGCAGACCUAUUCCCACGAGGUUUCCCUAACUGCUGAUUCGCGCAAGAGUCACCUGAUCUUCCCGCAGCCCAACUACGCAGACACGCUCAUCAGCCAGGAGAGCUGCGAGAAAAAAGAUCCUUUGUCUCUGUUAGAUGAUUCCAAGUGCCCUGUAGAAGAUGCCCCUCUGGUGCCAGUGAGUGCUGAUUUACAUUUUCUUUAAACAAUUAUGGUCAGAUUUACAUUUAGGCUUGAAUCCGGGUGGUGGAAAUAUUAGAUCUCUACUUUAAACCCACUUCACUCAGUUCCUGCGACACCUGCCUCGCUAAAACAUUAAAGAGUAGAAUCUGGUGGUUAAGACUGUUUGGAAACUGUCAUGAAAAUCACCCAGAUUGCCAUAAGGUUGUUAUGAAUAGCCAUGCAGAACCUUGUGUUGCUGAAUACAACGUUGGCGGUUCCUAACAGGGAACUUCCUACGGAAGUGUCUGUUGAUUUAUGUGUCCUCCUUACAGGCCACGUGCUGCAACCCUACCGCUUUAGACAGCUCUUUUGAAGGCAAGUGUGUCAAAAUUAGGUAACGUCAGAAACAAAUGCACUAGCCCCACCAG